GAUUAUUUUUUUUUUUUCAACUAUUUUCAAAUCAUAGAAUUUACAUAGAAUCAAAAAUAAUUAAAUUUUCCUCACAAAUAAUUGAACAAUAAUUAGCAAUUUUAGCAUUGUGCAUUAGUAUGAGUGAAACGCGAUUAGCUCACUCUUUAGAACAGAAACCUAGAUCGAGGGAUGUCAUUUUAGAAGAAAAUGUUUCUUUUGAAUCAUUAUUUUUGUCCGAAGUAAUUUUAAAAGGUUUAAUAGACAAUGGAUUUCAAAAACCGUCUCCCAUACAGGUUAAAGCACUUCCUAUUGGCCGAUGUGGCUUUGAUUUAAUAGUGCAGGCUAAAUCUGGUACUGGAAAGACAUUGGUAUUUAGUAUUAUUGCUUUAGAGACUGUAAAACUUCACAUAAAUGAACCUCAGGUUUUAAUCCUAUCACCAACUAGGGAAAUAGCUGUUCAAAUACAGGACGUAAUUAAAAAUAUAGGAAAACAUUUUCAAGGGCUGGAAGUUAAAAGUUUUAUUGGAGGACUUCCUGUUGAAUUGGACAAGAUAAAUUGCAAAUUGUGUCAUAUCGCUGUGGGAACACCAGGACGCAUAAAACAGUUAAUUCAAGAUAAAUUUUUGAAUAUUAAUUCAGUAAAAUUGUUUGUAUUAGAUGAAGCUGACAAAUUGCUAGAAAGCAGUUUUGAAAAUGACGUUAACGAGAUCUACAAUGCCUUACCAGACAAGAAACAAAUUUUAAUGUGUAGUGCUACUUACUCAAAUGAAUUAAAACACUUCUUAACUGGAUAUAUGCUUAGUCCCACUCACGUAAAUGUAGAACUUGAAACACCUUUACUGUUAGGUUUAAAACAUUUUGUUAGAAUCCUAAAAUUUCAACCAAACAUUGUACAACAAACCAAAGCAAAGAAUGAGGAAUUAUUAGGUAUUCUAAGAAAAAAUUCUUUUACGCAAUGCUUAAUAUUUUCAAAUUAUCAAACCCGUGCUGAAAGCAUCAGUAAUUUUUUGAACAGAAACGGAUGGAAUUCCACAUUUAUCUCUUCAGCUCAAAGGCAAACUGAAAGAUUAAAUUCAUUGUCGAGUCUCAAAGACUUCAAGUGCAGAAUACUGGUAUCUACAGAUUUGACAGCAAGAGGUAUAGAUGCAGCAAAUGUAGAUUUAGUUCUAAAUUAUGAUAUUCCUAUUGACGCAAUGACUUAUUUGCAUAGAAUGGGCAGAGCGGGACGGUUUGGUUCGCAGGGAAAUUGUGUUAAUAUGGCUUUUUCGGGAGAGGAGACUAAGAUUUUGCAGAAUAUUUUAGGAAUAAUUGGUGGGCAAAAUAUAUCUAUACCUAUUUUAGAAGACAGCUUGAAUAUUGAUAGUAGUAAUUAUGAAGUGCUGGGUGGUAUAAUACCUAAUAAUAUUAAAGAAUUUACUGAUAAAUGUAAAAGUGAGGUUAUAGAAAUGAAAAAGAAAACUUUAAGACCUAAGAAAAAGAAUCAUGAUCGAAAGACGACCGCUUUGUCAUUAGAAAUAACUCAAGACAUUGAUGAAGUUAAAAAGAUUAAGGAGAAACUGGUGGACACAGACGUUUCAGAUAUUUUACAUCAAUUAGCUUCUGGCUCAUUUGAAAUGAAUGAUCUCACAAAAGAAGAACCUAGUAUUAAAAAAUGUAAUGAAAGUGUGAUAUCAAAACCUGCAUUAGAUAUAAUUCAAGAUAACGAUGAAGUUAAACUUAUUCAGGAAAAACUUGCCAACAAAGAUGUGUCAGAAAUUUUGCAACAAUUAGCGGCAGGAACAUUUGAAAAGAACACAAGUGAAAAAGAAGGACCUAGUAGAGAUAUUUUGAACAACAUCUCAAAUCAGCUUUUCACAUCUCCAAUUUCCAAUGAUUAUGUUCACUCUGACAGUGACAGAACGAAAAAGUCUCUAGAUAAAUUUGAUACAUUAUCUGUACUACAACAGUUAGCAAAUCAAACAUUUCCAGGCAUAAAUACUAGUCAUAAUGAAGAAAGAAAACGAAAAAGAUCAACAGAUUCUGCCAGCAGCCCUACCCAGGAAAGUUUGAGAAAAGAGCAAGAAGUGUUUUGUAAAAAUAAAGCCUUAUUUGGCAUAGCAAAGUCUCUUGGCAACUUAGACACAGACAAAGACGAUGCAGAAUAUCUAGCACAGUAUUUGACUAUGCUAAAAGCUAAAGAGGAUGAACAGACUGACAGAAUUUUUAAAGAAAAACCAGACGAGCAACAAAAAUUAGAAUUAGAAGAUAUAUUUUUAGUAGCUUAUAAAUCUCAAGUCGAUAAAUCUUCACCAUUUUGGCAAGACCUUAUUCCGACAGAUGAGAAAUGGAAACUUGAAGAAAUACAAAACGAUUUUGAAGAUGAUGAGGAUUAUGAUGAGGAAUAUGAUGAAGAUUAUGAUUUUGAAAUGGAGAAACAGAUUGACAUAAAUUAUGGAUCUGAUUUACAAACUCAACAACCCUCCCAAGAUAUUGAUGAUUACAGUUUCAUGAAGUGGAUUCCUGUAGAACAGAACCCAACAGAAUGUAAAAGUAAUGAUCUAGCACCUAAAAUAUCAACUACAGAGUCAAGUGUAUCAACUAUGUCAAAUCUUGAUACAAAUACAGACACCGCACAUUAUCAUAAUGAGUAUGGUAAAUAUUUUGAACAUGUUAGUAAUAAUCUGUGGCAAACAGGAUUGCAAUUCGAAAAUGUUGCACAAUUUGACCAAUGGUUUUGGUACGAAUGGCAAAGUCAAGUUAGUACGGUAAGGGAUUUUAUAAGACAAAAAAUAUAUUUAGAGGAAAUGAAUAAAUUCCAAGAGAGAAACAAAAGGAAGAAGUAAGUUUUAACGCUUGUUAUUUAAGGAUAGUUUUUUAUAUCAAUUGUAUGUUAUUGUGGAAAAUAAAUCAGAUUUUAAUUUAUA